CUCAGGCCAGCAUCGCAUAGGCCUCUCGCGCGGCGCGCGGUGGCAUUGCUGUUGCGGAGAGUCGCGCGCAGAGCGGCCUCGUCGCAGGACCACAGCGCCGGCUGCCCGCUGCCCAGAGAUAGGAGCAAGCCUCUCCACCUCCCCAACUCGGGCUCACCUGCACGCCGUCGCCGCGACAAGCAAACAACUACCAUGGGCGGCGAAGGUCGUAGAGCGAGGGGCGAGCCCAUCCUCAUGACCAUGACGCAAGUGAGGCCCCCAUUCAAGUGGGGGCCUCCAUUGACCACAGCAUUGAGAGACCUCGAGUCCGACGGCCUCCAGCAGCUGUCGAACUACGACGGCCGCGACCAUAGGAGCUUCCUCAACCCCAAAGAACUAGCCGAGAGCAACAUGAACGCGCCCUUCGCGGAUUCGGUGAAGCGGUGGCGCUCCCAUAAAGUACAUAACGCGGACUACCCCGGUCUAGACGUCUUGGAGGCCGAAUUUAAGAGUAGAGGCCACGACGCGUCGUUAUGUAGUGAGGCGCCCUUCCGAGCGUCCCAGAGGGGUGAUCUGCUGGAAGCACCGUGGCCGAUGCUCGUCAGUGACAAGAUGUGCCUGUAUAAGCCGGACCAACACAUCUACGAAGAGCCGGGGUUCGAGUAUACGGAUGAAGCCAUGGAGAGGCGGCGCGAGCAGGUGAAGAGGGAAAAGCGGCUCGGCAAAAGCAUAGACGAGGAGUACGGGGGAUUGCAGUCGCAUAGCGUUUUCGCGUCCGAGGUGCCCAGAUUUGUGGACCAGCAGCAUAGCGUGGAGAGUGCCGAGUUUGCGCGCCUGACGGGUAGGGCGACCUUGCAGGCGGGCCGGCCCAAAACCCCUCCUGAUGGAGGGCCUCGUGGGCGGGCAAGAUCCCGACUGUCGAAGCGGACACCGUCUCAACGACCGACGUCGUCGCUUGCGUCGACAAGCACGCGAGGCAUGUACGACUACUGGCCGACCACUUUAAAGUUGAAGGGCUGGAGGAACGCGCCCGGGCGCUGUGGGAGAGCCCCCGAACCGUCGAUGCGGCCCUACACGUCGUUGAAUAGCGAUUUCAAGCGCAUCUCGCCCUGCUUCAUGCCUACUAAUAUUCGAUUCCCCGACGACCUCGAUCUACUGUACGCGACGAUGAAGAAGACGGGGGAGCUCAAGCGCCUCGACGACGACACGUGUUCGACGGACCGGUGGCGGCGGCAGAAGCUGCGCGAGGAGAUGGCGGAGGCCGAAAAACGGGAGUUGGAGGAGGUUUCUCGAACUUUUAUGACGGAGCCACCGGCGCCGGCUCGACCAAAGCGGGACAUCCGCGUGUUUUAAGUUUAUACAAGAAGCAUUACUAGGCUACAGCAGCACGGGGGG